ACCCUCCUUCGCCGUCUCCGUCUCCGUCUCCUCUCCGAAGCGACGAAAGAAACAAUAAAGACACUGCAGGCAGUGUCCUCCUAAUGCAGGCCGGAGCGACCGCAUUCAACACCCCCGAAUAACCCAUCCAUCCAUCCCCCACGGACAUGGACAUAGACAUGGACACGUCGCUGCACAGCGCAGCUCUACAUCUCCUGGCCGCCCGCGCCGACAGCUCCGCCCGUCCGGCGUCAUACAAAAUUAUCGGGAUCUGUCUGGCGGUGGCCUCGGGUCUCUUCAUCGGGGUGUCGUUCGUGCUUAAGAAGACGGGCCUGCUGCGCGCCAACGUCAAAUAUAACGAGGAGGCCGGCGAAGGGUAUGGGUACCUCAAGAACAUGUACUGGUGGGGCGGGAUGACCCUGAUGAUUAUCGGGGAGCUGUGCAACUUCGUCGCCUACGCCUUCGUCGAUGCGAUUCUGGUCACGCCGCUGGGCGCGCUGACGGUCGUCGUCACCACGGUGCUGUCGGCGAUCUUCCUGAAGGAGCGGCUGAGUUUUGUCGGCAAGGUCGGUUGUUUCUGCUGUAUCAUCGGUAGUGUGGUCAUUGCGCUGAAUGCGCCGGAGCAGUCGUCCGUGAGCGACAUCCAGGAGAUGAAGAAGUAUGUGAUCGCGCCGGGGUUCUUGGUCUACGCCGGCCUGAUUAUUGUCGGGUGCGUGGUCACCGCUGUGUGGCUGGGGCCGCGUUAUGGGAAGAAGAGCAUGUUCGUGUAUAUCAGCAUUUGCUCGUUGAUCGGCGGCCUGAGUGUCGUGGCCACCCAGGGCCUGGGGUCGGCCAUUCUGGCCCAGAUUAACGGCGAGGCCCAGUUCAACCAGUGGUUUAUGUAUGUCUUGCUUGCGUUUGUGAUCACGACCCUGUUGACCGAGAUCAUCUACCUGAACAAAGCCCUCAACAUCUUCAACGCUGCUCUCGUCACGCCCACCUACUACGUCAUGUUUACCAGUUCCACCAUCAUCACCUCCGCGGUCUUGUUCCAGGGCUUCAAGGGUUCCGUCACCGCGAUUAUCACAGUGAUCAUGGGCUUUUUGGUGAUCUGCGCCGGGGUCGUCUUGCUGCAACUAUCCAAGUCCGCGAAGGACGUCCCUGAUGCCGCCGUUUUCAAGGGUGACCUCGAUCAGCUCCGGGAAGUCGCCAACCAGGAGGAGUCCGAGACCGAGCCCAAGGCCGAUUCCAUUCGCGGCGCCGCCGCAAUCAUUCGACGCAUCUCGACUCCGCGACGCACUAUGGAGGUCGAGGAGGCCCGGCGCUACUUCCGCGAACGCAGCGAAGAUAUGAAACCGCCAGCCGAGAACGAGAUCAUCGAAUGGGACGGCCUGCGCCGGCGCAAGACUGUUGUCGGCGAGGGUCCGACCAUGGCGGGGACCCGCAGUCUGCGCAGUCCAUCUAUUAAGCAGCCGUUUCCGCCUCUAGGCAUGUCGCGCGUGCCGGAAGAGGGGCCCGACGAGCCAGAGCGACCAGACACCAAGCAGAGCAACCACUCUUUCCUCGACGACCUCCGGUCCCGCGCGAACAGCCUUUUUCAUCCAGCCUGGCAGCCGAUCGAGGACGGGCAUGCUAACCAGGACCCGGUGUCGUUGACGUCGAUGCCGGCGCACAAACAGCACCCGGAUACCAGCUACUCCCACGCCAUCACCCAGGACGGAUCACGCAGCAACACCCCGUGGACUGACGAUGACCACGCAGCCCCGGAUCCGCCGCCGCACGGCACGCGACGACAGUUCUCGUUCAACACGAUGUUGCACCGCAUGAAGGCGGGCCACGAGCCGGUCCCACCCCGCAGCUUCCACCGACAUACGCCCCAGAAUUCCCAGACCAUCACGGAGGAGGAACGACUGGGGCUGGUGCGGGGCGAUUCCCGAGGCGAGUCGGGGCCGGACGAGGCGGACGAGAAGCUGGAUCGGAUGUAUUCAAGCGACGGACUGGACGAGGGGCCAGGCAGUCUGCCGUCCGGACACUCCCCGGAGCAGCACCGGCUGUAUUCUAGCGAGUCGUUGUACCCAGCCCGGCUGCGGGUGAAUCCACUGCCACCGCUGCCCGACGAGGAGCCCCUCGCGGAUCCGUACGCGCCCGUGGAGCUUCCAUCGCCGCGACACGAGUCCCACAGCAGUCGAGGGACCCUCUCGUCCCCGCCGCGGGGCGUAGGAUGGCGGCGCCACGGGUCGGCGAGUAGCGGGGGAAGUCUCCCCGGGCGACGCGGGGCGUUUAUAUAGGUUCGACCAUUUAUGAUCAUGUAUGUAUGAUAUGACCCGAUACGAGCCACACGACACAGAAUAAUGUAUAUACGACGAUUUAUAGAAUAAUGGAAUCGCAGCAAUGUCACGAUGCGGGCGUGGUCGUAGGUGUAGUCGUAGGAGCCGUUCCAUUCGCAGUCGCCUUCAUCAACCCAAAGACGCUCUUC